AUGUCGGAGACAGCAAACAUGCUCGGUCUUGGGGAGCCGCUGCAAAAUAUCGUAACCAAGAAGUUCCUUGGUGCCUAUAGAGCUAAAGACUUACUCUUCUCUGAAACAACUCUUGCCGUUCUUCGGGGUAAACAGGGAGCCUCGUUUCAACUACGGUAUUGCCCGGCGUUGGCCCAAAAACCGAAAGCGGAAGAGUCAAAGGAUUCCAAAAGUCCCAAAUUCGAUCCAUUCGCAGAUCCACCGGCAGAGCUUUUGAUCGCCAAGAUUCCCGGUGACCGAGCUUCACACAAAUUAGUCUUGAACAAGUUCCCUGUCAUCCACAACCACUUCAUCAUUGCCACCGAGGCCAACAAGCCUCAGACAGACAUGUUGGAGGAGGACGACCUCUGCUUGACGCACGCCUGCCUUCGUGCCUGGAACGACGGACCGGAGGAGGGAAGCUCUUCGCGUUUGUUCGCUUUCUUCAACUCUGGAGAGCAUAGUGGCGCCAGUCAAUCACAUCGACAUCUUCAAUUUCUUCCUGUAGAAGAUAUGUCGGGGCCCAACGCUGACGAAUGGGACCUUCUCAUCGACCGCAUGACCGUGAGAGCUCAUCCAGAACUUCCCCUUUUCCAAGACCCCGAGUUCCCCCUCCUCCAUUUUUCCUCCCCGCUUGAGGAUGAUCUAUCGUCAACAAGUCUAUAUUCGAAAUACCUCCUGCUCAUGCGAGCUGCAUUCUCUGCCACCCGUUUUCCGGGCCAGCCACUGAAUGAGAACAUAGAGAUUGAACAAGAUCGUCAGACCGUGUUUAGUUACAACCUGGCGAUGACCACGGACAAAUUGGCCAUCUGUCCAAGACGGAACGAAGCUGUCAGUAUCCCUGGAGCAGGGCCGGAGAGCUCUGUCGCCCUUAACGGCACGAUCCUGGCCGGGACGCUGAUGGUCAAGGACGAAGCCGAAUGGGACAUUCUCCGGCACACUCCUUCACUGCUUGAGAAUAUGUUAACCGCCAUUGGUUAUCCGCUUGCGUCGUGGGAACGCACUAGUACGGGAAUGAGAUUAUAA